ACUAUUUGAACAGCAACAUGUGUUGCGUGUUGAAAUAUUUUUUGUAAAUUUUUCUUUUUUUUCAUUUUUUAUCCAAAUUUUUUUCUGGAUUUCCUUCAACGAAACCGAACGAUAUGGAUCGAAAAAAAGAAAAUUUGGAAAAAGAAAUUCACCAGGCAGUCAUAUUGAUCGAUAAUGAUGGUGAUAGUUUUGCCAAAUUAUCGACCAGGCCAAAAGUCCUAAUGAAUUUGAUCGAUCGUCCAAUAUUGCAAUAUACGUUCGAAAUGUUAUCAUUAUCCAAUAUAGAUGAAAUUUUCCUAUUUUGUUGUGAAUUUUUUGAUGAAAUUAAAAAAUUUAUCGAUGAUUAUAAUCAUAAUGUCUAUGUUAAAUUAAAUAUUCAGAUAUUUUAUUCGGAAGAUUAUACAAGCCUUGGUCCAGUGAUGAGAGAUUUAGAUUCACGUGGUUUAAUUAAAUCCAAUUUCAUUUUAAUGCAUGGUGAUUGUAUUGGAAAUCUUCAUCUGGAUAAAAUGAUUGAAAAACAUAAGGAAAAUAUGAAAAAAGAUCCUGGCUGUGUUAUGACAUGUUUAUUUCGUAAAGUAUGGCCAGAUCAUCGUUCAAGACGAUCGUCAUCAAAUCAAAAAACAAUGAUUGCAUUAGAUUCACAACAAAAAAUUGUUUUGUUUGAAAAACCGUUGAGACCAACUACCGAAAUACCAACGGAACUAUUCGAAAAAAAUUCCUGUAUUUCAUUUCAUUAUGAUUUAUUUGAUACUGAAAUUGCUAUUUGUUCGGAAAAAGUACCACCAGAUUUUUCCGAUAAUUUUGAUUUUGAAACACGUGAAAAUUUUAUACAUGGAUUAUUGGCCGAUAUCGAGUUAUUAUGUCAUCAUAUUCAUGUAGAAAUUUUGGAUAAAGGUUAUGCUGCACGUGUUGAUUGUAUACAAUCUUAUCGUAAUAUAAGCAAUGAUUUGCUACAACGAUUCGUUUCACCGAUUGUACCGCAAGGUAGUCCGAUUACUGCUGAUGAUUUUGAUGAAAAUAAUUUACAAUCAUCAAAUGAUAAUGAUGAAGACGAAAAUCCAAACGAUGGUGAUGAAGAUGACCAAGAUGAAGAAUAUGAUUCAGAUUCGAGUACGGAAUUUUCCGAUUCAUCCGAUAAUGGCGAUGAUAAUGAUGGUGAUGGUGAUGAUUUUAAUAGCCUUGAUGAUGAAUAUUCAGCAUUUUAUGAUGAAGUAUAUGAUAGUCUUUUACGAGCAAUCAAAGAACAAUCUGAUCAAGAUAAUAUAAUAUUGGAAAUAAAUUCAUCAAAACAUGCAUAUAAUGUACCGGUAAAUGAAGUAAAUGCAUUAGUCAUAAAAGCAUUAUUGAAUUUAGCUCGAAAUUCAAAUCAACAACAACAAGGAAAUUCAAAUCAUCAUUUUUUACAAACAAUCAAUUCAAAUCUUAAAUAUGGUCUACCUAUCAUAAGAAAUUAUAUCAAAAGUAUUUCAUCACAAAAUGAUUGUAUUUAUGCUGUUGAAGAAUUUCAAUUACAAAAUAAAGAAUCAAUAAGUAGUUUAUAUUUGGUAAAAAUUAUUGAAUUUUUAUAUGAAGAAAAUAUAUUGGAAGAAGAUUUAAUUCUGAAAUGGUUUUAUCGACCAAAAAGUUUAUCAAAUCAUCUUACCAGUGAACAGGAAACAUUACGUAAAUCAAAAGAAAUUGGCUUAUUUAUUAAAUGGCUUGAAGAAGCUGAAGAAGAAUCAUCUGAUGAUGAUGAUUGAAGUUUUUUUUUUUUA